AAUGGAUUGAACGUUAUAAAUAUUACGCCGCGUCAUUUAUAUACUUCUCGCGUCAAAUAAAACAUCGGAAUGUGACAAAGUAGGCUAAACGAAAAAUAAUUUUUUUAGGUUAUGAUCCAAUAAAUGAAUUUGUUUCUAAAUUAUUCCAGUAUGUAUCAAGAAAAUUUAUAAUAUAUUUUUCCAGAAUGUUCAUAGGGUUAAUAAACUCAUAUAAAAACAAUGGAUUUUGUAAUUGGGGGUUUAGCGGCAUGUGGAGCUUCGUUUUUUUCCAAUCCAUUAGAUGUAGUCAAGACUCGUAUGCAAUUACAGGGUGAAUUACAAGCUAGAGGCAAACAUCAAAUUUUUUAUAAAAACGUGUUUCACGCCUGCUAUACUAUAGCAAAAAAUGAAGGAAUAAGAGGACUGCAAAAAGGACUUGGCACAGCAUUGUUGAUGCAUUCUGUUAGGAACAGUACUAGAUUAGGAACGUAUCAGUGGUUGACAAAGAGAGGUUAUGUAACAGAUCGUAAUGGGAAAACUAUAUUUUAUAAAAGCUUUCUUGUUGGUGCUUUAUCAGGUGGCGCUGGCGCAUUCCUAGCAAGUCCUUUCUUCCUAAUCAAAACACAAAUUCAAUCACAAGCUGCUAAAAGUAUAUCAGUAGGUACUCAGCAUGGUCAUACGAGCGCUGUAGCCGCGUUUAAAACUAUAUAUAACAAAGAAGGAAUAUUUGGUUUGUGGAGGGGGGCAAAUGCAGUAGUUUUACGAGCUGUAAUAGGUUCAUCAUCACAACUAACAUCUUUCGCUAUAGUCAAAGACUUGUUGAAAGAACGCAACAUUGUGUUCGCUAAAAACCCUGUGCUGACAUCGUUUGUUGCUAGUAUUGCAGGAGGUUUAGCCCAAUGCAUACUAAUGAAUCCGUUGGAUUUAGUUUCUGUUCGACUGUACAAUCAAGGACGCCUGGAUUUUUGGUAUUUUCUGAUUGGAAAUUACUUUUUGAAACAUAUUUUCAAUGAGGAAAGACCUAAAAUGGAGACGAUUUAUCAACAAAAACAUUGACGUGUCAUAGAUGUCACAUUGGAACAGGGAUGCCAUAUUUAGAAAGUAGUAUGUGGUAUAUCGAGAGAAUGUAAAACAAUGAGGUUAUGUUGAAAUUUAUUAUAUAAAACUUUUUUUCUUUAAUUUUAAUUCUAAUCUAUUUGAAAUAUCAUUUCAUACAUUAGGAGUAAUGAAAUUCUAAACGUUGGCAGCAGUGUCGCAUUGAUCUUCGGCGUUGCGAGGGUGUUGCUAAAAUUAAACCAUUUAUUCUUUUUUGUAUUUUCGUCUUUUAUUUGUAUUAAAUAAGUAAUUAAAUACUAUCUAAGAUGAAAUCAGUUAUUUAGAAGAGACUUAUCGAAUACCUUAUCAUCGAGUAGAAACCAAUAAUGCUUAUAUUGUAGUUUAAUGCAAUACAAGUUUGUGAAUUUUUUCAACCAAUUCGUUCUUAAAACAACAGUUUUUCAGUGAAGAUACUAGAUGUGAUUCUAUUUUCAUCUAACGUAAUUCACCUGCAUCUAAAAGUUCCCUUUGAUAUAUGAUGUUUAGUUUAAUUUGCUAUUAAGCACAGUUUUCGAGAAAAAUCGAUUAGAAUAAUCAAAUUUUUGACUAAUAUUUUUUAAAGGAUUCUUGCAGGAGUAGCUUUUAAAUGAAAGUAAAUUAAGUUAGUUAUACAUAAAUCACAUCACAGAAGAUUUUCUGGAGUAUCUAUUUGAAAAAUGUAUAUAUACACUGUUUAAACUAACACUCACAAUUACACUAUCCGACGCGCGUUUUGACAACCAAGUUAUCGUCUUCAGAAACUGAAAUCUAAUAUCUUGACUUACCUGAUUUAUACUAAAUAAACCUUCUCCCACGAAAAUUAAUUUUUAUGGGAGAAGGUAUUCAGUAUAAAUAUCUCCAACCAACGGUUCCAGAAAUUCCAACUUAACUAACAACUGGAGUUUAUAAACAUUUCCAUUUGUUUUAGGCAUAGACAAACAUGGUAAAGGCCUCUUAUACAACGGCAUUAUAGACGCUUUUAUAAAAAUUGGCAAAAAAGAAGGAAUCCUAGGAUUUUAUAAGGGUGUUACUGCUAGUUAUAUGAGAUUGGCCCCGCAUAGUGCUUUAUGUUUAGUCUUUUGGGAUAUUUUGAAAGAUUUGCAAGAAAAACAUAUAGAUAGACGUACACCAGCAGUAAAAUUGAAAAGUGUGAAUAAGAAAUAUGAUAAAUGAAGUUUAUUUAUAUAUUUUUUUAAUACCGGGUAUUUUAUGCAUUUUUUUGUAACAAAUAUGUCUAUUUACAAGGUAAUUUAACUAAUAACUCGAAAAAAAAAAUCCUUUAGAUAAUAUUAAAACAAGUUUUUUAGGAUUCUAAAGACAUUAAUAACAAAUUUCAAAAUAAUAAAGUCUUUAACUUGAAAUAUAUUAAAUAUUUUGAAUAUUUUAUCAAAAACUGUGUGGAUUAUUAGAAUUGGGUCAAUUCAGAUAAAAUAGGGUUAAUUUUGAUUUCAUCUUUGAAUUUUCUCCAAAUAAUUUCACUUUACUUUUGAUUUAAUUGAUUAAACAUUUUUUAUUUAUAUUUUUACUGGAUAAUCAGCAGUAUUUAUUGAUGUUAUUUGUAAAUAAGUAUUAUUAAAUUAUUUCGCUAGUCACAAAUAUAAUUUUAUUAUUAAAAAGUAAAUUAAAAA